AUGAGAGCUUGCCGAAGGUACAUACCGAACGCCCUGGGUCGUGGUCCUCGCAAUAUAGCGAAGCACCCUGCUGGUUUUCGUGCUACAGAAUGGUCUCUGUGGAUGACAUUGUAUUCUGUCCCUCUGCUCUCGGGCCGAUUGCCCGAGGCCUUCUUGAGUAAUUGGGAGAAACUUUGUCGAGUUUACGCCAUGUCUAUCGAGUUUGAAGUCACCCAGGAUAAGCUGAGCACCAUUCGAACGCUCUACAAGGACUUUGUCAUGGAGUAUGAGGAGUUAUACUACCAGUACGAUUACAACCGCCUCUCAGUCUGUCCUUCUUCGAUACACAUGCUACUUCACGUGGGGGAUUCCAUGGAAUGGCUAGGACCUGCUUGGGUAUACUGGGCCUUCCCCAUGGAGCGUGUG